AUGAAAACCGACCUGUUCCCAGCGAGGGCAACGCUUUUCCUUUUUAUGGCCGUUACAGUUUUGUCUCAGGAGAAGUCUCAUUCACACGCUGAGGAUGAUCUCUUCAAGAGGCUGUUUGCUGGAUACAACAAGUGGUCCAGGCCUGUACCAAACAUCUCCGAUGUGGUUAUUGUCAAAUUUGGGCUGUCUAUCGCUCAGCUAAUUGAUGUGGAUGAAAAGAACCAGAUGAUGACCACAAAUGUAUGGCUUAAGCAGGAGUGGAACGACUAUAAACUUCGCUGGAGACCAUCUGACUACGACAAUGUGACGUCUAUAAGAGUGCCAUCCGAGCUGAUCUGGGUCCCGGACAUCGUUCUCUACAACAAUGCUGAUGGGGAGUUUGCCGUGACCCAUAUGACCAAAGCUCAUCUCUUCUACACGGGCAAAGUGCGCUGGGUUCCUCCUGCGAUCUACAAGAGCUCCUGCAGCAUUGAUGUCACAUUCUUUCCUUUCGAUCAGCAGAACUGUAAAAUGAAGUUUGGCUCGUGGACCUACGACAAAGCCAAGAUCGACCUGGAAAAGAUUGAAAACACAGUGGACCUUAACAAUUACUGGGAAAGUGGAGAAUGGGCAAUCAUCAAUGCUGUGGGAACCUACAACACAAAGAAAUACGACUGUUGCCAUGAGAUCUACCCGGAUAUCACCUAUUUCUUUAUUAUCAGAAGGCUUCCACUGUUCUACACAAUCAACCUCAUCAUCCCCUGUCUUUUGAUCUCUUGCCUGACAGUGCUAGUUUUCUAUCUCCCAUCAGAUUGCGGCGAAAAGAUUACCCUUUGCAUAUCAGUCCUGCUGUCUCUCACUGUCUUCCUGCUGCUUAUCACAGAAAUUAUCCCUUCCACAUCUUUAGUCAUCCCACUUAUCGGCGAAUACCUGCUAUUCACCAUGAUUUUCGUCACCUUGUCUAUUGUUAUCACUGUGUUUGUACUCAACGUGCAUCAUCGCUCGCCAAGUACCCACAAGAUGCCCCGCUGGGUCCACUCUGUGUUUUUGGACUUGAUCCCACGCUGGCUGUUCAUGCGACGACCCGCUCCCGAUGGCAGGAGACGCAGGUUACUCCUACUGCAGCAGGAGGCAGCAGCGGAGAGGAGGCAGUGUAAGAUACCAGGCUAUAAGUCCGGCAACUGUCUUCUGAGUACUUCUGCAAACUGGCUCAGGGAGGAUUCGAAAGAAGAAAGGAGUUCUUACGAAGACUUAGAGCUGGGGACACUGACGUCGUAUUUCUCCUUCAGACCUCCUUCGCCAAGGCCAAUACCGACGCCGCCAACGCAAGCAAAAAACACACCCAACAGGCAGGAGGCAGGUGCGGCGGGAAAUAAACAAUCGAUGAAUAUGAGAGUUAAUGCCACGCGGAGACCCAAAGUGGACAAUGUCGUUUCAGAAUCAACUCUUAAACUGUCUCCCAGUGUCAUCAGGGCGUUAGAGGGAGUGCACUACAUCGCAGAUCACUUAAGAGCUGAAGAUGCGGACUUCAGUGUCAAAGAAGACUGGAAGUACGUCGCUAUGGUCAUCGACCGCAUUUUCUUGUGGAUGUUCAUAAUCGUAUGUUUGCUUGGAACCAUUGGCCUCUUCCUGCCUCCGUGGCUCGCCGGCAUGAUCUAG